AUGAAUUUGUAGUAAAUGUGACUUUAUUUUGAUUUGGACAUGCCUUUGAAAGAUGUAUAACCAUGGCAAAAUGUUUCACACUUCUUAAUAUUUGCUUGCUGUUCUUAUAUAUUUAGUUUUUGUGACCAAGAAUUCAAAUUAUCACGAUUUUAUUUAAGAUUAGAAAGUGCUAUCAAAAUUUGUAUGCGUUCAAACAGUAGACGAUUUAUUUGUUACGGUUUUCACUUUCUGCCUCCCCUCAGCCCAAGGUUGUUAUUAAGAAGGAAAUGGCAGAUUUCACGAAUAUUCACAAAUUUUCUGAUGUGAGGGCUGUUAUCAAUCAUUUGAGAGAAUGGAGUGAAAACCAAAGAGAAAAAUUUCUCGACAAACAGCGGGCUGAACACAGAAAUUUAUUGGAGCAAUCAAGAAUUAAGAACAUAGAAAAAAUAAAGCAAGAUCUUCUGUCUGAAAAUAGUUUAGGAACUCUUGCUAAGGACAGAAAACUAUUAGAUGAGAUUGCUGAUAAAAAUUUAUCAGAAUCUGAUAAUACUCUUCAAGAUUCAUCAGUAACAGGGCAUUUAAUGGGUUGUUUUAGUGAUUCUUCUUAUAGCAGUACAAGUCUUCACAAAAGCAAGGAUGACAUUGCUGAUGUGGAUGAUGUAGUUUCUAAUAAUGAAUCGAACUUUCCAAGUGGUAUUUCUCUGAAAGAGAAUGAGGAUAGUUCACCAAUUGCAGCAAUGCCCCCUAUAAGACCAAAGCAGCCAUUUUUGAGAAAGAGGUCAGGGUUAUUACGUUACCUCCCCAAACAAAAUACAAAUUUGACCAAAACAAAAAAAAUCUCAUCAGCGCAGAAUUCAGAUGUUGAACAUCAAACAAAGCCUAUUUUGAAAUUAAACCCAGCCUUUAAAAUAAAUCAAUCAGAUCCACAAAAAAUAAAAAAUGUGAAGUUCAUUGAACAUGAAUUAUUUGUUCCAAACAAAGCAUCAUCAGAUAAAGAAGAAAAAUUAUAUGACAUGCCUGGAAGUUCUUUAACAUUGGAUGAAGAUAAAUAUAUAGAUAUUGGUAAUUCUGAGGAAGAUUGCAAUACCUUAGAAAGCGAAAAUUCAAAUGAUGAUCAAAAUAAUUGUGUUGAACGUCUAAACAUGGAAAAGAAAGAACUUGCUGAAUUUGAAUUAUUAGAAAAUUGUGCUCAGAAUAGUUCAUUUAAUAGUGAUUCAUCAAUUGUUCAAAGAGUUUUACAAGGGGAAUCCAUUCAGCCAUUGUAUCGAAUGAGGAAACCAAGCCCUCCAGUUAGUGCAGGAUUUGAUUUUGAUCAUUCAGAAAAACUAAAUAGGGAUGAAAUCCCUGUUAAUUCUGAAAACUUGAAUCUUGGUAAUUUUCUGGAAGAACAAAGAAAACAACGAUUGCAAGACAUUAUAUUGGAUACAGAUCUUAGAAUAGCAUCUCUAAAAAAGGAAACGUCUAGUAUAAAUAAAGAUGCCUAUGAAGAGAAUUGUGUUCAUGAAAGGUGUAGCACGCCUGUUGACCUGAACAAUAAAGUAAAUGGUCAACUUUCUCCAGUAGUGCUUGAUAGUGAGUCUAGUACAGAUUCGUCAUCAUCUUCUGUCAUAUUUAAUCCUGCAGCAGAUGCAACCAGUCAUGUUAAAGCUGUAACUGGAUCAGAUGUGCUUAAUUCUUAUGAAAAUGAAAAGACUAUAAACGGUUUUCAGAAUAAUAAUUAUGGUAUUCCGAAAUCAUCAUAUGAUCAGAAUGACAUAUCAGAGGUAAAAGCAAAACUUUGCCAAAAGAUGGAAGAAUUAGAAAAAGAAAUACAAACGUAUCAAGAACUUAUUUCUGAACUUGAAAAAGAGAAAAAGACUUAUCAAGAGCAUAAUUUGCAUUUGGCAACUAUUCGUGUUGAAAGAGAUGAAAAUUUGAAAAAAUUGCAAAAAGGUUGGGAUGAACUCCAAAAACAUAAGGAAGAAGAAGAGAAAAAAUUAGAAGAUAAAAGGCGUCAGUUAAAGAUGCGAGAAGAAACUUUCAAUAGGUACCAAAAAUUGCGGAGGGAUAAUCCAAACAGAAAAGAACGUGAAGAAUUGACAGUUCUGAGACAAGAGGUAGAAAAGUUGCAAGAAGAAUUAAAGAGACAAAGAAUUAGGUUUACUAAUGAAAAUAAAAGGUUGAAGAAUCAAUUGAUAGCUGCAGAACAAGAGAGAGAUAGUUUAAAAUUAGAAAAUAUAACUUUAGAAGAGCAGUGUCAAGAUUUACUGGCUACUUUAAAGUCUAGGCACAUAAAAAAGAGACCUGAAUCUGGAAAGAAAUUAGCAGCAAAAAGGAAAGAAUCUCCCACAUCAAAAAGUCAUUUAAAUAAUAAUGUUCCACUGACUUCAUCAGAAACUACAGCUAAGAGCCAUGAUUCAGAAAAUGAUGAUAAAGCUGAUAGCAACUCUUCUAAACAUCGAGUUCGCUUUAAUUUGAUUCCUGAAUUCGACAACAGACAACCAGAAUCAUUGCAAAGCAAUUUACAAACAGGUGAUGGAGAUGGUGCUAAUAUCUCUAAUGCACCUUGUAAUCCGAAUGAAGCGAAUAGUGAAAGUUCUAUAAUUAAUGAAUCUCUUAAAGAGGAACUUCCAUAUGAGGAAUUAAAGCAUGAUAAUCAAAUUGAGAGAAUUUAUUUUUCUGGUGAAAAAGAAAUAAUCAAACCUAGUGGUAUUAUAAAGCAUAUCAGUGCUGAUGGUGAAACAAUAACAUAUCGAUAUCCAAAUGGUGAUGUGAAAGAAGUCUAUCCUGACAGCAGUGUAAUUUGCAAGUUUAUUACUGGUGUAAUUGAAAAACGUUUUCCUGGAGGUAUAGAAGUCACAGAACAUCCAAAUGGUCAAAUUGAAAAACGAUCACCAGGCCUUGAGGAGGUAAAAUUUCCUGAUGGUACUACGCAAACUCGUUAUCUUUUUCCUGAUGGGUCUGAAAAAAUUGAAUAUAAUGAUGGAACAAAAGUAACAAUAGAAGCAGAUGGCACUGAAAUUGCUCAAUUCAAAAAUGGAAUAAAAGAAAUUCGGACAGCCAAAUAUAUGCGCAAAGAAUAUCCAGAUGGUUCUGUAAAGAUAAUUUAUGAAGAUGGAAGUCAGGAAACACGCUAUUCAAAUGGUAGAGUAAAGAAGAAGGAUAAAGAUGGACGUAUCUUGUUAGAUACCAAGAUCCUACAGAAUGAAUUCAAACUUUCAAUUCAAGGAUUCACAUGUAGCUAGGUAUAUAUAUUUUUUAAAAACUUUGUACAGAUAUUGAAUUUAGUAAUGCUGCUACAUUGUAAAUAUGAGUAUU